AUGGUGAUUUUCCCCCACCCUCCCCACACCGCUGCCUCCCCGGGAUCCCCUCGGUCCCGGUCCCCUCGUUGUCGGUACCCAGCAGGGGCUGCUUGGCGGGAUCCAUCCCUCCGGCUGCGGCCAGGUGUCUGUGGACUCCAUCCUGCCUCAGCCACCACCCGUUGCGUUGUGCUGCCAUCCCGAGCUGGCGGGCAGUGGUGGGGGACAGGACGGCGCAGCGGCGGGGCCAGGCACGGCGGAGGUUCGCCGCUGCUCCGGCCGCCUUUGUGCACUUUUGUGCACAAGCCUGAGAGCCACUCGGAAACAGAGGCUGACCAUGUGGAACCGGCACUCGCCGACGAGGAUGAGAGCCUGGCAAUAGCAGAGCCGGGUGGCAUCAGCAUCGCUGCAAGCGGGACAGACCCCGACUUGUUAACCUGUGGACAGUGUCAGAUGAACUUCCCGCUGGGAGACAUCUUGGUUUUUAUAGAGCACAAGAGAAAACAGUGCAAUGGCACUGGUGGUGCCUGCUAUGAAAAGAGCAUGGAUAAGAGCAGCCCUCCCCCCUCCUCACGCGCCGAGCUCAGGAAAGUGUCAGAGCCAGUGGAAAUCGGGAUCCAAGUCACACCCGAUGAAGAAGACCGUCUUCUCACGCCUACAAAAGGAAUUUGCCCCAAGCAGGAGAACAUUGCAGGGCCGUCCAGGCCUGCAAACCUGCCGGGGGCUCCCAUAGCUGCCUCCUCCCACCCUCACACAUCCGUGAUCACGUCACCUCUCCGCGCACUGGCCUCCCUCCCGCCCUGCCUUAGCCUGCCCUGCUGUGGUGCACGUGCAGUCUCAGUUGGCGGGACUCAGACUGAGAUUCAGACUGAGACGUCAGGCACAUUUGGAUGUCAUUGUCAGUUGUCAG